UACAGAGUAGCAACGACGUAGCUUUUUUAAGUCUGUAGGCGCGUAUACAGUGUCCGCGGCGUGCACAUUCCCCAUCCGAUCGGUGUUGGUAGUGAUUUGACUCCUGCCGUCAAACGAGUCACGCGUGUGACAAGUGUGCAAAGUUGGCCACGACGCUCAUCGUGGGUGCCUGCCGGAGACCGCCUGGAUCUUUACUCGCGCCGCCCGCGUCUCGCCGCCCGCGCCUCGCUUCUCCGGCUUUCCGCACCUGCAGCGACGUUCUCCAGCCGACCCCCAUCUUGCGCGCCAGGCCUCUUUGGGAUUUCGACGCCUCAGGAUAGCUCGCUCUGCGAAAAGAUACCCUCUUUCGCCAAUUUUACCCAGCCACUCAUCGUCACCCUCCGCCCCCGAUGGGAGACCGCGACUCCGAUCCCAUAGCCGUGGACUCCGACUCGGACACCGGUCCGUCCCCGCCCAGCCAGAGCCAAUCCGCGCCGCAUCCCGCGCCCCCGUCGCGCGAGGACAUGGACGUGGAGCCGCCCGCGUCGGAGGGGCACGGAUCCCCUGCCCCCGCUGACUCCGCGUCGGCGGGGGACGCAUCGGACGAUGGACGCAGCCGGUCCGCGCAUCCCCCCGGCGCGUCGCCGUCAGGAUCGGCGUCGGCCCAUGCGGACUCGGCGUGGACGUCGCGCAGAGGCAAGGCGCGCUGCGAUUCGUGCCGCUUGCGAAAUCUCAAGUGCGAUCGGAUACUGCCCACGUGCAAUCAAUGCAGGUGGACACCUGUCACGGAGUGCACGUACACGCCGUUGCCGACCCCCGGCGCAGCGCAUCGAGGCGUCCCGCGUUGCGAUCGAUGUCGCGAAUCGAAUCUCAAGGUCUGUCUAAUUCUCCUUGUGCUUCUGUAUGCCAUCUCAGCAUCUCGGUUCCUUCAUUUCUUUCUUUCGAGUGUGAUCGCGCGGCGCCUGUUUGUCAAUAUUGCCGCGAGAAUGACAUCAGUGAUUGUCGAUACACGCCGAAGAAGCGCACACGAGCCUUGUCCUCCUCCGAUCAGCCCCAGUUCCAAGCAUCGUCCUCGCGACUGCCGUACAACACGCAAGGGCAACACGCUUCGUUCAUGUUCUCGAACAUCUCCGGGCCCAGCUCUGACUCGCAACCUACAUCAUUUGUUUUUCGUGAGCCUCUCAGACAACCAUAUACCGAAGGGCCACCUUUGGCGCUGUUGCCAGCCCCAGUGUCACACACGGCCUAUCCCCACCAGCAGCAGCCCUUCAUCGCGCAUUCUUUCCCUGAUCCAGUGCGCAGUCCCUACAUCCGUCCGUGGGCGCAUCCUUCCUUCGCGCCACUUCCCGGAGCCAUCACGCGUCGCCUGGCGACCAUCAAAUACACCGAAAUGCCUCUCAGGGACGCAUUCGAGGUGGCGCUGCUGCGAUUCGUCGCAAAACUCAUGCCUGAGCUGAAGGAGACAGCGUGUUUCAGCCCCGAAGCCUACGCGACGCUCGCGAACUGCCUCGCCAAGGGCACCGUCGAUCGUCUUUCGCCGCGCAUCCGCAGCUGGGCGACGUGCCACCGCAUUUGCUCGGGGUCGGACAAGCUCAAUCUGCUCCUCGCGCCGCGCGACACGGUUUUCAAGCUGUCGCACGAGGAAACUGUGAAGAAAAUGAGCGAGUGCAGAAUACAGCUGGACGCGCAGGCCGCGGGGAAGAAUAUCCCGGAGCUCGAUCAGGCGGAUCCAGCUGCUGAUUUCGAGCGCAUCCCUGUUGAGCCGCAGAUCUACGACUGUUUGGUGUAUGCACAUCGCGGACAUGCGUCGGCUGUUGCUGUUUUGAUGGAGAUUCGGCGGCUUGGAAUUUCGUCGAUUACUUGGCCCAUGGCUGAAAUAUUCAUUAGUUUGUGUCCGCUAUGUAACGCGGCGGGGAGGAUAGCUGCUGCCAGGGGCUAGGGCAGACAUAAGUAAGUACGAGAUACCACAAUCGAAGUCCGGGAUCAUGGGAUAGAGCUGUAGGCUACAGAGAUCUGGAAAUGUAGAGUAAAAGCACAAUGGAUCAGUUGGAAUCAUGGUGGGAUUGGUCUUUUCCUGCGGCGCAUGGGGCUAACAAAUGCCUAACGAUGGAACGCUGUAACG